AUGGAUCCAGACGGCCUCUUCGACUUCCUCGCGCCUGCAGAGGCAGCGCCCAGCCCAGCCACCUCAUCCGGCUCCUCGCCAUCCAAGAAGCAGCGCAAGCGAUCCAAGGCUGCGGCUGCCGCUGCUGCUGCCGAGGCUUCCAAGUCCACAGAGGCUUCCACUUCCAAAGACACAUCGAUCACCAAACAAAAGAAUGGCAGCGCCGCAAAGAACGAUCAGGCUGCCGCUGCCGCUGAUGUUUCGUCUUCCGACGACGCCGCAUCUGCUCCUGGUCCGUCCAAACGCCAACGACGCGACGGCCCUAUCAAGCCCGCUCCGGCUCCCGUCCCCACCGUCGUCACGGACGAAUUCACAGACGAGGCCACCCAGUCCAUCCCCAUGGAAGGCGGGCUGGCUCCUGCCGACUCCAACGAUGCAGCUGCUGCGGACAACGCAGACGGCUCCUCCAGCACCGACCUCGCCACCACUAACGCCGCCGAGAAGAAGAUGCACGUCACACACUCGGUGCGCCACCAGGUUGCAUUGCCACCCGACUACCCCUACGUGCCGCUCUCCCAGCAUGUGCCCAACGACCCUCCCGCAAAGCACUACAAAUUCACCCUCGACCCCUUCCAGCGCAACUCGGUCUCGUGCAUCGAGCGCAACGAGUCGGUGCUCGUCUCGGCGCACACCUCGGCCGGCAAGACCGUCGUCGCCGAAUACGCCAUCGCACAGUGCCUCAAGAAUGGUCAGCGCGUCGUCUACACCUCGCCCAUCAAGGCGCUCUCCAACCAAAAGUUCCGUGAGCUCACCGCAGAGUUCGGCGACGUCGGCCUCAUGACCGGAGACGUCACCAUCAACCCCUCGGCAUCGUGCCUCGUGAUGACCACCGAGAUCUUGCGCUCCAUGCUCUACCGCGGCUCCGAGAUCAUGCGCGAGGUCGCAUGGGUCGUCUUUGACGAGAUCCACUACAUGCGCGACAAGGAGCGCGGCGUGGUGUGGGAAGAGACGAUCAUCCUCCUGCCGCGCAAGGUGCGCUACGUCUUCCUCUCGGCGACCAUCCCCAACGCCAUGCAGUUUGCAGAGUGGAUCGCACACACCCACGCACAGCCCUGCCACGUCGUCUACACCGACUUCCGCCCCACGCCGCUCCAGCACUACCUCUUCCCGCAGGGCGGCGAGGGCAUCCACCUCGUCGUCGACGAGCGCGGCACCUUCCGCGAGGACAACUUCCAAAAGGCCAUGGGUGCGCUCGCCGACUCCAAGGGCGAGGACGUCGCGGAUCCCAACGCCGGCGGCGGAAAACGCAAGGGCCAGGUCAAGAAGGGCGGAGGCGGCGGCAAGAAGGGCCCCUCGGAUAUCUACAAGAUCGUCAAGAUGAUCAUGGUCAAGAACUACAACCCGGUCAUCGUGUUCGCCUUCAGCAAGCGCGAGUGCGAGGCGCUGGCGCUCCAGAUGAGCAAGCUCGAGUUCAACACCGAAGACGAAAAGGAGAUGGUGUCGACCGUCUUCACCAACGCCAUCAACGCGCUCUCCGAGGAGGACCGCGGCCUCCCCCAGAUCGAGCACAUCCUGCCGCUCCUGCGCCGCGGCAUCGGCAUCCACCACGGCGGCCUGCUGCCCAUCCUCAAGGAGGUCAUCGAGAUUCUGUUUCAAGAGGGCCUCAUCAAGGUGCUCUUUGCCACCGAGACCUUCUCCAUCGGCCUCAACAUGCCCGCCAAGACCGUCGUCUUCACCGCGGUCAACAAGUGGGACGGCAAGGAGUUCCGCAACCUCACCUCGGGCGAGUUCAUCCAGAUGUCCGGGCGUGCCGGUCGACGAGGCCUUGAUGACCGCGGCAUCGUCAUCAUGAUGUUCGAUGAGAAGCUCGAGCCGAGUGCGGCCAAGACCAUGGUCAAGGGCGAGGCGGACCGGCUCAACUCGGCGUUCCACCUAGGCUACAACAUGAUUCUCAACCUCAUGCGCGUCGAAGGCAUUUCGCCAGAGUACAUGCUCGAGCGCUGCUUCUACCAGUUCCAGAACGCCGCGUCUGUGCCGGCGCUCGAGGCGGAGCUCAAGGCUGCCGAGCAGGAGCGCGACGGCGUCAAGGUCGAGAGGGAGGACGAGGUGGCCGAGUACUACGACGUCAAGCACCAGCUCGAGACGCUGCGCAAGGAUGUGCAGGCGGUGGUGACGCAUCCGUCGUACGUGCUGCCCUUCCUGCAGCCGGGCCGGCUCGUCAAGGUGUGCCAUGACGAGCUCGACUUUGGCUGGGGCGCGGUGGUGUCGUACGAGAAGCGGCUGCCCAACACGCCGGGCAAGCGCGCGCCGGCGAUCGACCCCAACGCGCCGCCGCAGAGCCAGUAUGUGGUGGACGUGCUGCUGCACUGUGCGGCGGGCUCGGGCGAGAAGAAGGGCAAGGAGGCGGCGCCGUUUGUGCCGUGCCCCGAGGGCAAGAAGGGCGAGAUGGUGGUGGUGCCCGUUCUGCUCUCGACGGUCGAGGCGCUGUCGGGCAUCCGCAUCUUCCUCGCCAAGGAUCUGCGUCCGAGCGAGCCGCGCGAGACGGUGCGCAAGAACCUCGUCGAGGUGCGCCGGCGAUUCGCCAAGGGUGUGCCGCUGCUGGAUCCGAUCAAGGACAUGAAGAUCAAGGACGACGCGUUUGCGCAUCUGGUGGAGAAGAUCAAGAUCCUCGACGAGAAGCUGGCCGCGUCGCCGCUGCGCACGGACAAGGCGUUGCCGCAGCUGUAUGCGGCGUAUGCGCAAAAGCAGCAGGCACAGGAGGUGGUCGAGGGUGUGGCCAAGAAGAUCGCGGCGGCGCAUUCGGUGUUGCAGCUCGACGAGCUCAAGUGCCGCAAGCGCGUGCUGCGUCGGCUGGGAUUCACGACCGCCGACGAUGUGGUGGAGAAGAAGGGCCGCGUGGCGUGCGAGAUCAGUACGGGCGACGAACUGUUGCUGACGGAGAUGAUCUUUAACGGCGUCUUCAACGACCUCGAACCGGCGCAGUGUGCGGCGCUAUUGUCGUGCUUUGUAUUCGGCGAGAAGAGCACCACCCAAACGCGGCUUGCGGAAAACCUGGCUGCUCCGCUGCGCAUCAUGCAGGAAACCGCGCGUCGCAUCGCCAAGGUGUCGAUCGAAUCCAAGUUGGAGCUGGUCGAAGAGGAGUAUGUGUCGUCGUUCAAGGUGGAGCUGAUGGAUCUGGUGUUGCAGUGGUGUCAGGGAGCCAAGUUUGCCGAAAUCUGCAAGCUUACGGACGUCUUUGAGGGGAGCAUCAUCCGAUGCAUGCGCAGACUCCAGGAACUCAUCCGCCAACUCGUCCAAGCCGCCAAGGCCAUUGGCAACGAAGGUCUCGCCACAAAGUUCGAGCAGACACUCGCAAUGCUCGAGCGCGAAGGAAGCAUCAUCUUUAGCCCCUCCCUCUAUCUCUGA